AUGUCAAUAUCUCACCCCGGACCCAUCGUUGAAUUCAAGGAACACAUCGAGGGACACUUUUUGAAUGGCCUCCGUGCUAGCGGACAGCCGCAACGCUUUGUCUUUUCUGAUACGCUCACGGACUAUUGGACGGAUCAGAGGAUCAACCAACUACUCCUAGGCACGUUUUUGAACCCCGUCCAUGUCCCUAACGACAAAAUCAGAAAGAGUUAUCCCAAAACACUCUCCAUUCUUGUCUGCAUGGACAAACCUGGUUACAUUAAGGACUUCAUUAGUCAGGACCUUGACGAUCACCGACUGCCGCACCUCAGCAAGCCUCAGGACCUGCCCGUGGACCAGAGCUUCAUGGAGAUUUUUAUGGAAACGCAAUGGCAAUUCUGUCCAUUGAGAUUCGAAGACAGGAUGUAUAUGAGAAAAGUUCACCCCGAUCACAUCAUGCCUAUCAAAAGCCUUGAUCGUCUGACUCCCGAAACACAAGAUGUUGACCGAGCUGUUGUUUCCAAAGCGGUAUUGUAUUCACAACGAGGUUCGGAACCGGGAUCGAAUAACGAGUGCACAGUAGCAUUCAAAACCUACCACGGAGUAAACAACAAAGACUUGUGGGAGAAUGAGGUGAUAACGUUCAACACCAUCGAGAACCAAAAUGGGAGCCAGCAUCUCAUUCGCUGCCUAGGUUCAUUCAAAACCAAGAACGGCAACCUCGACCAGUACACCAUCAUUCUUGAAUACGCUGAUGGGGGAACGUUGCUGAACAUGUUCGAGAACGAGCCCACUCUUCAUCAAAAGGACAGACUGUCUUUAUACUCCUCUAUGUUCAAACUUCUGCUUGGCCUCUGUAACCUUCAUGGUAUGACAGGGAGUAAUAGCAAUAAUUGGAUUGCAUGUCUCCAUCUUGACAUUAAACCUUCCAAUAUUCUCGUAUUCAGAGGCAGAACGCCCGGAAUACAGAAUUAUACGUUAAAGCUUGCCGACUUUGGCUUUAGCCCUAGACGCCAAGCUUCCUCUGGACAACAUCCUCAGACGUUAGAUACCGGAGGCACUCAGAUGUACAGCGCACCAGAAUGCUGCCAAGAUCUGCCAGAGUUCGCAGCUCAGAAGAUUCUGGUCGGACCCGAGGCGGACGUUUGGUCCUACGGGUGUACUUUCAGUCAGCUUCUCGUAUGGUCCAUUCUCGGGAAGGAUGGCCUGUUGGACUACGACACCCAACGCGAAGCAGCAAUCAAGAUAAACCCAGACAUGUACCAAUCUGGGUAUGCUGGCAGCUUUCAUUCCGGUACCGCUAGAUUGAAUGUGGUGGAUGCCUUCCACCGAAUGGUGGACCAGCAUGCGCCGGCGGGCGAUAACAUGACCAAAGCUGUGAGCGACAUCAUCCUCCAGGACAUGCUCGCCUUUAAGAAGGAGGAUCGGUCAUUGCCCCUCCGUAUUUAUCGACGAUUUAGGUCCGAUCUACGAGAGCUAUCCUGUGAACCUGAUGUCAGUGAGAUGGAGAGGCCAGCAAGUACAGGCUCGGAACUCUCGUCAUAUUCGGCAAUACCUCGUGAUACUGGUCAACCUCAACUUGGUCAACAACAGGCGGAAGUUGUUGGCCAUGUGAUAGGGUGUUCAGCAUUCACUCUUCCCAUUGUGACUAUCGCCGACGUGAAUGACUGGAGGGAUCGCCUCGGCGGCAAGAGGCAAACGCCAUGGGAGAGGUUGAAGCGCAAAUCCCGGCCGCAGGCACUCCCAGGGAGUGACACCAUCAAAUUGCUAACAGGGCGAGAUCACUACUUCAUAGUCGACGACUCUCAGUCGAUGGCUUCGCACCGGGACCAGGUCUGCGCAACUCUUCAAGCACUCUCCUACCUGACAAAAGGCCUCAAUUGGAAUGGCGUCAAAUUAUCCUUCAUCUCGAACCCAACAGCCUCUCCACUGCGCUUCACGAAGUCGAGCAAACUGGUGAGGCUAGUGCGACGGAAACCAAUGACAAGAGCCGGCACGAUGCAAUUCCCCCUGGCGCAGAUCUUGUCUCGAAUCGUCAAGGACAACAUUUCGCCGAACAAACCUGUCAACCUAUACAUCUUGACAAACGGGAAUUGGGGACCAAAUCCCGAGGACCUGUGUGGGAUGGAUCGACUUAUUGGAGAUUUGGUUCACCGACUGCAGAAGCACCAAAAGCAGCAUGGCUUCCUCGGCGUGCAGCUUAUCAGAUUUGGGAAUGACAAUGCCGGGAUCGAACGGCUUCGCAGACUCGACAGGAUGGGAAGAGACGGCUGGCGCUUGGCAAAUGGCAAAACAUGUGUCUGGGAUAUUGUGGAUCACUGCUCCUUCAGCGACAGUGUCUGGAAGAUGUUGAUUGGCAGUCUCGAUCAGGCUGUUGAUCAAGAUGAAUCAGAAGAUGAUCUGCAGUCUCAGAUUCCCAAUGGAGAAUGUCACUAUUAA